UCAAUUUCAACCUGGUCUUGAUCCCAGGUUUGAUAACGUUGGCAUCCUUCACCAACUCUCUCAAUCCUCCCGACAUGAUCACGGAUUCGAAGUUAUUCGUAUCGUAGAUCAUAUUUCAAAUACAAAAGAUCGAGAAAACAAUUUGCUCCUUGAUUGGAUUGGGGUCAAAAUCCGGCACCAUUAGAUGGCAUACAAUGUCGGGAAGCCCCAAUCGUGGGCCUCGUACCCGUCCGAUCCGCCUUUUGUCCAUAGCAAAGACCCAGUGACCCAGAAGACUGCACAAACCUCGGUCACGAGCAUUUACCAAACGCACAUUGCGGGCUAUUGGCGCAACGUGACCGUCACGUGGGGCAAGAAUGCCAUGAAUUACUCAUUAGGUAUAACGGUCGACAGUGUGGACCAGAACAACAUCGUUUACACAUGCAAGAUUGAUAUAAAGCCGUGGCACUUUUGGGCCAAGAAGGGGUACAAGUGUCUCGAGGUGGAUGGUAGCCAACUCGAGGCAUAUUGGGAUCUCAAGUCAGCUAAAUUUUUGGGCAGCCCAGAGCCCGUUUCAGAUUAUUAUGUUGCCCUAGUGGCAGACAACGAAGUUGUCCUGCUACUAGGGGACAACAAAAAGAAGGCCUAUAAAAGGACAAAAGCCAGACCACCCCUGGCCGAACCGGUUAUUUUUUACAAGAAAGAGAAUGUGUUUGGAAAAAAGUCUUUCUCGACCCGAGCUCGGUUUGACCAAAGAAAGCGCGAUCACGACAUCGUGGUGGAGAGCGCGACGACAGGGGGGAAGGAUCCGGAGAUGUGGAUAAGCAUAGAUGGGAUUAUCUUGGUCCACAUUCAGAAUUUGCAAUGGAAAUUCAGGGGAAACCAAACGGUGAUGGUGAAUAAACAUCCCGUGGAGGUGUUCUGGGACGUGCACGCAUGGCUAUUCUGCGCGCCUGGGACCCACCACGGGCUGUUUAUAUUUAAGUCAUCGUGCGAGUUGGAGGGUAACGACGAUGAAAACGAUUCGAGCUUGAGUGAGAGCUUGUGCGACGGAAGUGAGUGUAGUGGCAACAGUAGGUAUUUCUCGGUGGAUGGUCACGCAAAGGCCGGGGUGGAGUUUUGCCUCUUCCUCUAUGCUUGGAAGAUUGAGUGA